UUUCAUGGUGAAUGAGUCACUGCUUUAGUUGAUACUUUCAGUUUCAUAUUAGCCCAUUUAUUUGCAGAGGUUACACCUCUUUUCCUUGUCUCCCGUCAGGUCUCUGAAGAAAACCUGGGAAGCCCCAGGACAUCGGAGGGGUAAAGUAAAAGUCCACAGUUACUGUGAGAGAAAAAAGAGGGAGAAAGCAGUGCAGCCAAACUCAGAAGAAAAGAGAGGAGGAAAAGAAUUCGACUUUCACAUUGAAACAACCUUCUUUCCAACGGUAAAGGAUCUCUGAUCCGGGGAACAACACCCUGGACAUGGCUCCAGAGAUUGAUUUGCCGGGCCCAGUGAGCCUCAUUGAUAACACUAAAGGGCAACUGGUGGUGAAUCCAGAAGCUCUGAAGAUCCUGUCUGCAAUUACACAGCCUGUGGUGGUGGUAGCGAUUGUGGGCCUCUACCGCACAGGAAAAUCCUACCUGAUGAACAAGCUGGCUGGGAAGAAAAACGGCUUCUCUCUGGGCUCCACAGUGAGGUCUCACACCAAGGGAAUCUGGAUGUGGUGUGUGCCUCAUCCCAAGAAGCCAGAACACACCCUAGUUCUGCUCGACACUGAGGGCCUGGGAGAUAUAGAGAAGGGUGACAAUGAGAAUGACUCCUGGAUCUUCGCCCUGGCUGUCCUCCUGAGCAGCACCUUCGUGUACAAUAGCAUGGGAACCAUCAACCAGCAGGCCAUGGACCAACUGCACUAUGUGACAGAGCUGACAGAUCGAAUCAAGGCAAACUCCUCACCUGGUAACAAUUCUGUAGAAGACUCAGCUGACUUUGUGAGUUUUUUUCCAGCAUUUGUGUGGACUCUCAGAGAUUUCACCUUGGAACUGGAAGUAGAUGGAGAACCCAUCACUGCCGAUGACUACCUGGAGCUUUCGCUAAAGCUAAGAAAAGGUACUGAUAAAAAAAGUAAAAGCUUUAAUGAUCCUCGGUUGUGCAUCCGAAAGUUCUUCCCCAACAGGAAGUGCUUCAUCUUCGAUUGGCCCGCUCAGAAGAAGUACCUUGCUCACCUGGAGCAGCUAAAGGAGGAAGAGCUGAACCCUGAUUUCAUAGAACAAGUUGCAGAAUUUUGUUCCUACAUCCUCAGCCAUGCCAAUGUCAAGACUCUUUCAGGUGGCAUUCCAGUCAAUGGGCCUCGUCUAGAGAGCCUGGUGCUGACCUAUGUCAAUGCCAUCAGCAGUGGGGAUCUGCCCUGCAUGGAGAACGCAGUCCUGGCCUUGGCCCAGAUAGAGAACUCAGCUGCAGUGGAAAAGGCUAUUGCACACUAUGAACAACAGAUGGGCCAGAAGGUGCAGCUGCCCACGGAAACCCUCCAGGAGCUGCUGGACCUGCACAGGGACAGUGAGAGAGAGGCCAUUGAAGUCUUCAUGAAGAACUCUUUCAAGGAUGUGGACCAAACGUUCCAGAGGAAAUUAGGGGCCCAGCUGGAAGCAAAGCGAGAUGACUUUUGUAAGCAGAAUUCCAAAGCAUCAUCAGAUUGUUGCAUGGCUUUACUUCAGGAUAUAUUUGGCCCUUUAGAAGAAGAUGUCAAGCAGGGAACAUUUUCUAAACCAGGAGGUUACCGUCUCUUUAUUCAGAAGCAGGAGGAGCUGAAGAAGAAGUACUACCAGGUGCCAAGGAAGGGGAUACAGGCCGAAGAGGUGCUGAAAAAAUACUUGGAGUCCAAGGAGGAUGUGGCUGAUGCACUUCUACAGACUGACCAGUCACUCUCAGAAAAGGAAAAAGCGAUUGAAGUGGAACGUAUAAAGGCUGAAUCUGCAGAAGCUGCAAAGAAAAUGUUGGAGGAAAUACAAAAGAAGAAUGAGCAGAUGAUGGAACAGAAAGAGAAGAGUUAUCAGGAACAUGUGAAACAGUUGACUGAGAAGAUGGAGAGGGACAGGGCCCAGUUAAUGGCAGAGCAAGAGAAGACCCUCGCUCUUAAACUUCAGGAACAGGAACGCCUUCUCAAGGAGGGAUUCAAGAAUGAGAGCCAGAGACUUCAGAAAGAGAUACGGGAUAUCCAGAUGAGAAGCAAAUCACGGCAACCAACGUGUCACAUACUCUAAAAGUACAAGGAACAAAAUUUGCCUGUCCAGCUCCCUCUCCCCAAGAAACAAGUUGAAUGAGCAACUUCAGAGUGUCAAACAACUGCCAUUAAACUUAACUCAAAAUCAUGAUGCAUACAUUUUUCUUGAACCAUAAAGAUUGCAAAGUAAA